GCACUACACAUUCCACACAUCGCUCGCGCUCGCAAGCGAAACACACAUCGUACAUGUAUAUCAACCGCGCGACUUCGUCAAACAAGCUAGAACGUCGAUCGCCCGACGACCAAGAUUGAACACACGGACCGUAUACGCAAGCUAAAUCGCACGCAUCGUACAUCACUGUACUGCAGCUGUGCACUAGCUGCAUACGUUGCAUCCUUUUCAGUUACCGGCGUAAACCGAGUAACAUUUUAUUGACAUCUGGUGGGAGAAACAAGCAAAUAUCCAAAAUGGUGAACUUCACAAUAGAUCAGAUCCGUUCCAUCAUGGACAAAAAACAGAACAUUAGGAACAUGUCUGUUAUUGCUCAUGUCGAUCAUGGCAAGUCUACUCUGACUGACUCUUUGGUGAGCAAGGCCGGAAUCAUUGCCACUGCAAAGGCUGGUGAGAUGCGAUUCACCGACACCAGGAAGGAUGAGCAGGAGCGAUGUAUUACCAUCAAGUCUACAGCCAUCUCCAUGUACUAUGAGCUGUCAGAAAAAGACAUGACAUUCAUCACGCAAGAAAAAGACCUGAAUGAGCGUGGUUUCUUGAUCAAUCUCAUCGAUUCCCCAGGCCACGUUGACUUUUCUUCUGAGGUGACAGCUGCCCUGCGUGUUACAGAUGGAGCUUUGGUUGUUGUCGACUGUGUCAGUGGUGUUUGUGUGCAGACAGAGACUGUUCUUAGGCAAGCCAUCGCUGAGAGAAUUAAGCCUGUUUUGUUCAUGAACAAGAUGGACCGUGCUCUUCUGGAGCUUCAGCUUGAUAUGGAAGAUCUCUACCAAACCUUCCAGAGAAUUGUUGAGAGUGUCAACGUAAUUGUUGCCACAUACGCUGAUGAUGAUGGACCUAUGGGUAACAUUCAGGUUGACCCAUCGGCAGGAACUGUAGGCUUUGGAUCUGGCCUCCAUGGAUGGGCUUUCACUCUGAAGCAGUUUGCCGAGAUCUAUUCCUCUAAGUUCAAGAUUGAACCAGCCAAGCUUAUGAAGAGACUCUGGGGUGACCAGUACUUCAACCCCAAAGAGAAGAAAUGGAACAAGGUUGGAGGUGAAGGCUAUGUACGAGGAUUCUGUCAGUUUAUCCUGGAUCCUAUCUACAAGAUGUUUGAUGCGGUCAUGAACUUCAAGAAAGAGCAGACAAAAAAACUUCUCGAGAAGCUGGACAUCAAACUCGCUGGUGACGACAAAGAUUUGGAGGGGAAGCCUCUUAUCAAGGCCAUCAUGCGCAAAUGGAUACCUGCCGGUGAGACUAUGCUUCAGAUGAUCACUAUCCACCUUCCAUCACCACAAACUGCUCAGAAAUACCGUAUGGAAAUGCUGUAUGAAGGACCUCAUGACGAUGUAUUAGCUCUUGGAAUCAAGAACUGUGACCCCAAGGCUCCUCUGUGCAUGUACAUCUCUAAGAUGGUGCCAACCUCUGACAAAGGUCGCUUCUUUGCUUUUGGUCGUGUCUUCUCUGGCGUUAUCAGCACAGGUCUGAAAUGUCGCAUCAUGGGGCCAAACUUCAUCCCAGGCAAGAAGGAAGACUUGUUCCAAAAGAGCAUUCAGAGGACCAUUCUUAUGAUGGGUCGAUACACCGAACCCAUCGAGGAAGUCCCAUGUGGCAACAUUUGUGGUCUGGUUGGCGUUGAUCAGUAUCUUGUGAAGACUGGCACAAUCACCACCUUUGAAAAUGCCCAUAACAUCAAAACCAUGAAGUUCUCUGUGAGUCCUGUGGUACGUGUGGCCGUUGAAGCCAAGGACCCUUCCCAACUUCCCAAGCUUGUAGAGGGAUUGAAGCGUCUAGCCAAGUCUGAUCCUAUGGUUCAAUGUGUAAUUGAAGAGUCUGGAGAACACAUUGUAGCUGGAGCUGGAGAGCUUCAUCUAGAGAUCUGUCUCAAGGAUCUGGAAGAAGACCACGCUGGUAUUCCUCUAAAGAAAUCUGAUCCUGUAGUGUCUUAUCGUGAGACUGUUAGUGAAGAAUCAAGUCUGACUUGUCUGGCCAAGUCACCCAACAAGCACAAUCGUCUCUUCAUGAGAGCUGCACCUUUGCCAGAUGGCCUUCCUGAACAAAUUGAUGAAGGUAAGGAUAUCACAAGCAGGCAGGACCCCAAAAUUCGAGGUCGCUUUUUGGUUGACACUCACAACUUUGAUGUAAAUGAAGCACGUAAGAUCUGGUGCUUUGGUCCAGACGGAACCGGUCCCAACCUGUUGAUCGACUGUGCCAAGGGAGUGCAGUACCUGAACGAGAUCAAAGACAGUGUAGUUGCUGGAUUCCAGUGGUACACAAAGGAGGGUGUCCUUGCUGAAGAAAAUGUACGUGGUGCAAGGUUCAACAUACUCGAUGUGACCCUUCAUACAGAUGCUAUACACCGUGGUGGUGGUCAGAUCAUUCCAACUACACGUCGUUGUCUAAUGGCCUGCCAACUUACUGCAGCUCCCAGGAUUCUAGAACCCGUCUAUCUGGUUGAGAUCCAGUGUCCUGAGGCUGCUGUUGGCGGAAUCUAUGGGGUUUUGAAUAGACGUCGUGGACACGUGUUCGAGGAGGCUGCUGUUGCAGGUACCCCAAUGUUCGCUGUCAAGGCAUACCUGCCUGUCAAUGAGUCUUUUGGAUUCACCGCCGAUCUUCGUUCCAACACUGGUGGCCAAGCUUUCCCGCAGUGUGUGUUCGACCAUUGGGAAAGGAUGAAUGAUGACCCCUUGGACCCUACUAGCAAGUCUGGCGGAAUUGUUGUUGGUAUCAGAAAACGCAAGGGUUCCCAAGAAAAUGUACCAUCUCUUGAUAAGUACCUCGACAAAUUGUAAAAAAAACAACAUUGCAGAAAAUUUCAUGGCAUUUUGAGGAUUAAAUUCCUCAUUUCAGAUCCAUACAUCUUACAUGACGAGCCCCCCCCCCCCCGGCACCAUAUCGUCCCUGUCAAGCAGAGCAUUUGAUUAAUAAUGAAUAUGCUAAGGAGCAUCAGACAAAAUAACUCUUUGGGAUGUUUAAUUUGAAAUGUAUCACUAGGAAAGUUUCUGUAUCAAGCCGGUCAUAUUGUAGCUCUUCAAAUUUUUAUGUCACUUUUCUUUUCUUGGAAAAAUCUUUGUGUGAUUUGUUUAUUCCCUUUUUGUGAAGCCCUAUCCCUUAUGUUGUAGGAAGGGCAGUGGGCAAUUUGAUAGAUAUAUUCAUGUAUAAUAAUGAAAAAUCAUACAUGUAUGUGAUGCAAUAUUCUCCAUCAUGAAAAUUAAGAUACAAGAUUGACGAAAGAAGGGUUGAAAUGUAAUUAAUAAUUUAUUUCCUUACUGCAGUAUUUUCUAUUGGAAAACAACACAGAAAGACUAUAAAUGCAUAUGAAUUCUUGCUCUCACCAAUUGAUGGUAAAUGCUGGAUGAUUUGUUUUAUGUGGGUAUCCAAAAAUUCAUGCAAAUAUUAUGAAUGAAGAAAUAAUUGGACAUCUCUCAUUUUAUUAUUAAUUGGUAUUUUUAAAUUAAGCAUCUGAUUUCAUUCAAAUGAUCAAGAUGUUUCCCAUCUCACUAAAAUCUGAUCAGUAAUUAAUCUUAUUUGUUUAUAAUUGAAUAUUUCUUAUAUGAAAUUCAUUUCAGCUUUGACAAGAUUAAAUAAAAGGAACUUGGAAAUAACCAUGUAUCUAAUUCAUGCAUGUCUAUAUCUGAGGUACUCAAUUUAGUCAGCUUUUCAUUAAAGCGUGUAAGGUUAAUGAUUCACCCAAACGUUUCUACACUCAGACUUGUCCAGCAUUGUGGAUGUCUUUGUUGGUGAUAGCAAGGAAUUCAGCAUUUCUACAUGAUAAACAUUAUCCCUGCUAUAUUUGUUUGCACUUUAAAGCUUGCAUAUAAAUGGUUCAUGUAGGUUAAGGUUAUCAUGUAUGUUUUAUUCAACGUGUAACUUGAAUAUUCAAUGUUAUCUAAAUAUUUACUGGAAUCUCACAUCCAUUUCAUAGCUUGUUUUGCCAUGUGUAACUUGAAGAUCAACCAGGCAUGGGCCUGUGUGAGAGCCUAACCUGUCAAUGUCGAGCUGAGCAUAAAGAGGCAAUGGUUUCAUUGUAUUGGUAUGAAGUCAUAUUGUGAAAGUGUAUAUUCCCUUGCAUAUUAUCUUGGGGAAAGAGGAUGACUGCUACAGAAAUAAACACCAGAUAUUUACCAACCAUAAA